UCUGCAGGGUUUCUCUCUUGCCAGAUAGUGAGCAUUCCUUGCUCCCCAUAUGCUGCCACAUUAUGAGCUGCCCUGCCUGUUGAGGUUCUAGGGGGCCUUAAGCAGUGGUCACUAGGGGGUGCCAUCGAUUACCCGGGUACUGGGACCUCGUUAGCUCGAAGGGGAGGCAAUUUGGGGGGCCCCUGGGAACCUGAAGGGGGAGGGGCUACGAACCAGGAACUGACAGCUGAUUAUUACUUGGAAUGAACACUUCCUGUGCUUGUGGGUGAUCAGUUCUCUGUAAUAAUAGAGGUUACUGCCAUUGAGGAUUCGGGUUGAGAUUUAAUGCGGACAAGUCCCUAUACAGAGGCGGCUGUGAGUUUUCUGCCAUACUGAAAGGAGAAGGCCCUUAGGGCUCCUUCCUCCGCACCACAAAAGCUUCCAAGCUGGCGAUGUCGCGAGUUCCAAGUCCCCCUCCCCCGGCUGAGAUGUCCAGUGGUCCCGUGGCUGAAAGCUGGUGUUAUACUCAGAUAAAAGUUGUGAAGUUUUCAUACAUGUGGACCAUCAAUAAUUUCAGCUUCUGUCGAGAGGAAAUGGGUGAAGUGAUAAAAAGCUCCACGUUCUCAUCUGGAGCCAACGAUAAACUAAAAUGGUGCCUACGAGUGAAUCCUAAAGGUUUGGAUGAAGAAAGUAAAGACUAUUUGUCUCUCUAUCUGCUGCUAGUCAGUUGUCCAAAGAGCGAGGUGCGCGCCAAAUUUAAAUUUUCCAUCCUCAAUGCCAAGGGGGAAGAGACCAAGGCGAUGGAAAGCCAGCGGGCAUACCGCUUCGUCCAAGGGAAGGACUGGGGUUUUAAGAAGUUCAUUCGUAGAGAUUUCCUGCUUGACGAGGCCAAUGGUUUACUCCCGGACGACAAGCUGACACUAUUUUGUGAGGUCAGCGUGGUACAAGAUUCUGUCAACAUUUCCGGUCAAAACACAAUGAACAUGGUGAAAGUCCCAGAAUGUCGCCUCGCGGAUGAGCUCGGAGGGUUAUGGGAGAAUUCUCGCUUUACAGACUGCUGCCUGUGUGUGGCGGGUCAGGAAUUUCAGGCGCACAAAGCCAUCCUUGCAGCUCGGUCACCUGUGUUCAGCGCUAUGUUCGAGCAUGAGAUGGAAGAAAGUAAGAAGAAUCGUGUGGAGAUUAAAGAUGUGGAACCAGAUGUCUUCAAGGAAAUGAUGUGUUUUAUAUACACCGGGAAGGCAUCCAACCUUGAUAAGAUGGCUGAUGAUCUCCUGGCGGCUGCAGACAAGUAUGCUCUGGAACGUCUGAAGGUGAUGUGCGAGGAGGCUCUGUGCAGCAACCUGUCAGUAGAGAACGCUGCCGAGAUUCUAAUCUUGGCUGACUUACACAGUGCAGACCAGCUCAAGACUCAGGCCGUGGACUUCAUCAACUAUCAUGCGUCUGAUGUCAUGGAGACAUCAGGAUGGAAAUCCAUGGUGGUCUCUCACCCACACCUGGUGGCAGAAGCAUACCGUUCCUUGGCCUCGGCUCAGUGCCCUUUCCUGGGCCCUCCUCGCAAGCGUCUGAAGCAAUCUUAAAGUGAAGCUCUUGUACACAUUAACCACUCUUGAUCUGGAGCCGCUCUCUCCUCUUCCUCAUCGCAUGAGAGACACUGGUGGGGGAGGGGGUGAGAGAGGAGGUUUCUAUCUUUACCUCCCCAACAUUGUGUGUGUUGCCACCCUACUCUCCUUUGCCACGUGGCCGGACUGAGUCUUCUGUCUCCCGUAUCCUGUGAGGAGCAGGGAGCAUAAACAGACUUGCCCUCCCUGUGGGUGUGUUUCCCUGCUGGAAUUUUACCUUAAUUUAUAGGGGCGGAGAGAAGUUUCUGAUCUCCAUAGAGGACUUUUUUGGAGUUCAGAUGUUCAAGGGCUGAGACUGCGAGCUUUUCAGAGCUGCCCUCCGAACCCCAAUUUUUUGUUUUUCCCGGACAGUGCAGGGGCUAAACUUGUGUCUAUAUUCUCUGGGAUGCAUUUUAAUUUCUUUUAUGUUGUGUUCCUUUUGUUUUGCCAUCAUUUCCAUUAUUACCCCCCCCCCCCCCUCCUCUUAAUUUAGCUUUUAAUACUGUUCCAUAACAUUAGAGGAUCUCCUCACUAUAAAUUCGCAUCUUCCAAGUUCAGUAUCACUGGCCAGUCUGUGGCGGUGUCGCUGGAUGUGGCCUCCACGUCACGGUCUUCAUUUCAUGAACUCUAGUACCCCCCUCUGUUAUAGCCACGGAGUUGGUGGGGUCCAAUGACUUUUAUGCAGUUUUUGGCCAAUGAUUAGAUGAACUUAGACUGAGGUUACACACCUUGGGGCCCAUACCUGGCUUUACGAGAGUGUGCCAGACAUUGAGAUGCUGAAUCCAGCAGUCAGAACCGAGGACUGUUUGACAUGACUGUGAUGUUACCUUCUUUGCUUUGUCCUUGUCCUCUUGUACUUGCAGCUACUAUGUUAUGUUGUGAGGCUCAGCCGCUAUUGCUUCAAAGCCAGUAGACUUUUCUUUUUGCAGACCAUAAAUAAUUCCUAUUUUGUAUUGUGCAUCACUAUCCUUUAAACGCAUUCCAUCUUAAGAGAGUACUGUUGCAUUAAAUAUGCCCACCAUGCUAUUGGGUUAAUCUUGCGAUGGGAUGGAUCGUGGGGGGAUUUAGUAAAACUUGAGGGUAUGCCUGGUCUGUUCCUUUUCAUGUGCAAAGACUGUGCCGUUUUGUGAAUUUGCAUUCAUGCAGUUACGUAUUCCGUACCGGCAUCUUGGGAGUAGCAUUUGCCCUAGAUUGCUUACAGCUGCGAAACCUUUCCUACUUAAAGGGAGUGUUCACAAAAAAGGAAGAUUGUGCUAUUCAAACGCAGGUGAUGGCAGAUCUGUGGAAAUGUAGAAAUCUCCUUGUGGGGAUUCUUUUUAUGUUUAACACGUAGGACAUUUUAGUGUCCUAGCAAUUAGAUUUUUCGCUUAAAGGGGUUGUGUAGUGUUAGAAAAACAUGGCUGCUUAGCUCUUAAACCAACAGUGUCACACCUAGCCACAGGUUCUGUGUGGGGUUUUGCAACUCAGCAAUAGCACUGUCAGAAAGAUGACCCACAAUGUCACCAUUUACUGAAGUGUAAAGUGUAGUCUGGAAAUCUGGCUGCUAUUUUACACACAUUUAGAGGAGAUUGAGAAUCGCAGCAACGCAAUAUGUUACCUACACAGUCUGCAUAUAAACUGUGAACCAGAAAGUCACUUUAACUCUAUGGCCAUGCUGGGAGUAUGAAACUCAGACUGCUGUAAAGAAACAUUGUUCUGUCUUAAAGAAGCACACCAGGUUUUGUUUAGUUUUUUUGUCCAUAUGAUGCACCCUCACCAUCACUAGCUUCCCCUACCCCGCAUAUCAAUGAGCCUUCAUGACUCUGUCAGAAGUUCACCAGCUGUCCUUCCUUGGAUCUUUUUGGUAGGUACCAAUGAUUGCAGACUAGGAACACCCCACAAAAUAGGCACCAUUGUCAUGACACAGUCAAUAUUCUCAACUACUUCUGGUUUAAUCUUAUGGCUGAUCGGUGUAUAUUAAAAGGUUAUUCACAGAUGUUUAGUGCUCUUAGGUGUUCAACUUAAAUGAGAUGGUAGGGUGUGCCAACAGUUGGAUAAGUUAAUUUUGGCUGCAGUACCCCUUUAAAUUUAAUCAUUUUGGGACAAUGAUAAUUCCCCUAUAUCUUAUAUUGAACAUCUCUAGGACUCUAGCUUCAGCCUACUAAUCCACUUACUGCGUACUUUCUAGAGCUUGUGAUUAUACCUCCACCCAAUUCUGUAACACAUUGUUUUGAGUAUCUCUUACCUAUAGUGAUGGGAAUUUUACAGAGGUAUUUAAUUCCGUAUUUACCUUUUUGUCCCUGAAUUAUGUAACUAGUUGCAUUAAAGGAAAUUCAGUUUUCAUCCUAAAUUGGCAGCCUUGUCUAGAAGAACCCUCUGGCAGUAGUACGGGCAUAUUCACUCUUCUAAUGAAUCUGGAACACUCAUUGGUAUACAGCCACUUGGCUCAAGGCCUCCGAUAUACAGGAGUGAUUUAGUAUAAGCAUAAUACCUAUUCAUCCAGUCAGCAUUGUCAAUAGGCACAACACCCAAGGCCAUAGGUAAAUCAUCCCUUAAUUUGGCUUCCAUUUUUGCAUUCUCUAUUCUGUCCCUCAGCUGCACACAAUGUACAGAGUGGACUCAUUUAAUGGUUCCAUUAGGUGAGAGCAAAUGUUUUGGUCUGUGAACUAUAUUGGUUUAAUUUGCCUUUAAAAAAAACUGCUUAAAAUAUAGAUUUCAAUUAUGUUUGUUUUGGAUAAAAUCUUUUUGGUUCCUAUGUGUAUGUAUUACGAUGAGAUAUGAAGCAUGGAGCGUGUGUGGCUGCAUCUGUGUUGAGAGCCAUGGAGGGGAGGAUUGCUUUGGAGUAUUUUGUCAUUUUGACACUGGUUACUAAUGUAAAGAUUGGGGUAGAUGGUGACACUGUCAACCCUGAUGCAACCAAAAAGUGGUCUUACUUUGAGUGGCCUCAAGUAUCACACAAGUACUGGAAUCAUUGAUUUGCGCACCCAUGAUCUUGUCACUGGCUGUCCUUCCUUGGGCUACAUUUGGUAGGUAGUACCUACUGUUUAAUGCACCCAAGAAAAUCUUUUGGAGAUCUUCUGAUUCUAGCCAUCACAGUUUGGUCCAUGACAAAGUCGCUCAUAUCCUUACCCUUGCCCAUUCUUCCUGCUUCAAACAUGUCAACUGUAAGAAGUGACUAUUCACUUGCUGCCUAAUAUCUCCCUAUAAGAUAAUCAAUGUUAUUCCACUUCACCUGUUAGUGGUUUAACCUGUUAAGGACGCAGGGCGUACCUGUAUGCUCCCCUGCUAUGAGGCAGGCUCACAAGCACCUAUCAAUUGCCGGGACCUGUGUCUAAUGCCAGACAUCACCAAUCGCGGUGAUGCCCGGUAUUAAACCAUUAGACCCCUCGAUCAAAGUUCAUUGCGGCGCCUAAAAUAAAAAUAAUAAAUUUAAAAAAGCAUUACCGGCAGCUCAGCAGAGCUGAUAGGGACCACCACAGUAAAACCGCAGUGUCCCAACCAGCUGAGAGGACGGCGAGAGGGCCCUUACCUGCCGCCUCCCCUUCCGAUCUCUUCCUCGAUGCUCCAGGCAGCCUCAGCAGCCUGGAGCAAUUGAGCACAGAUAACACUGAUCUAUGCUAUGGCACAGCAUUGAACAGUGUAUGCAAUCCAAGGAUUGCAUGUAAUAAUCACCCAUGGGGACUAAAAAAUUGUGUUAAAAAAUAAAUAAAAGUUAAUAAAUGUGAAUUAACCCCUUCCAUAAUUUGAAUCACCUCCCUUUUCCCCAUAAAAAAAAUGUAAACAAAAAUAAACAUAUGUGGUAUCACCACGUGUGUAAAUGUCCAAACUAUAAAAAUAUAAUGUUAAUUACACCACACGUCAAAGGCGUUUAUGUAAUAAAGAAAAUUUGCAAAAAAGCGGUCAAAAAGUCCCAUCAAAACACAAUAAAAACUACAGACCACGGCGCAAAAAAUUAGCCCUCAUACAUCUCCAUAUACGGAAAAAUAAAGUUUUAUAGGGGUCAAAACAUGACAAUUUUAAACAUACGAAUUUUGGUGCAUGUAGUUAUCAUUUUUUAAAGUAGUGAAAUAAAGCCGAUAUAAAUUGGA